AAAAAAAAAAAAAAAAAAAAAAAAAAAAAACUCCAAUCACAUCUCCAAAAUGUCUACCCCUUCUGGAUCUACUCCAUCAGACGCUUCCGCCACCAACGUCUCUACCGUCUCAGUGGCUGGUAGCUUUCCUAACUCAACACAGACACGAAGUGGCGCGAAUCAACCAAACUCCUACAACAUUAACCGAUAUGUCUACAAUACGCAAGAACGUCCCGUUAACGAUCGGUUGGCUCAAUAUAUGGCAAUAUAUGCACAAGAAAACCCACCCAAAGGCAAAUAGCUGGUCGGGAGAAAAUACAUAUAAAACACUGGAGAUACGCGAGAAAAGGUUGGCAUUUCUUCGCAUAUUCCAAUAAACGCGGCUAACUUCGAUUCAUAGCUUAAAUAAUUUCUAUCUGUUCUAUACCCCAUGGUCAACCCAAAGCCUUGACCAUCGUCUUAUGUCACUGAAGUUGGAGUUCUCAAGGUUCACAUGGUCGUCUUUCAUAUUGUCAUCGGGCUGUCUUAAGUGAUUCCUUCUUCUACUUUCAAGGAGCAUUAGAGAAAAUGAGUUUUGUCAAGGAUAGAAUGUCAUAGCACGGAGUCAAGGAGUCUAAAACCCAGUUUGUACUAUGUCAGUUACUCUCCAAGACUACUACUACUGUAUGUAUAAGGUUGAGGCGUUAAAAGAAGCUUUAGGCCCCAGCACAAAGUUACAUCCUCACUCAAAUCA